AUGCUUCGGUUAUUCUCCUACAUUUCAUUUAAGGUUUUACAGAAUAUUUGUGAUUAUGGCAAGGGCCUUGCUUCUUAUUAUGAGCUUGUAGUUGCUGAUCAUGGCAAGAUUUUUUCGGUUUGUCUCGCUCGAAACGAGUACACUAAAGGUGCUUCUAGCCCCUUCAUCUCUGCCGUAGAAGUCAUGUUCCUAGAUGACAUUCUUUAUAAGUCUGUUGAUUUCCACAAGUGUGCGCUUAGUACUGUUGCUCGUCAUACAUUUGGUCAUGAUCACAAGGAUAAUGGUGGGGCCAAUUUUAUCAGUUAUUCAGAUGACGAGUAUAACCGAAUGUGGCAACAAUCCAAAGAUACAAAUCCAACAGUGAAAUGUCAAUCUAAUAUCACACCAUCAGAUUUUUGGAACAUGCCACCAAGCCGAGCAUUAAGCUCAGGAAUCACAACAAGCCGAGGGAAAACCCUCGAAAUCAAGUGGCCACCAAUAUCCUUGUCCGAUAGAAACUACCACAUUUCUUUUUACUUCCAAGAUAACCGAACUCCGAGCCCAUACAGUUGGAGAGUGUUCAACAUUUUGAUCAACGGCGACGCGUUUUAUAACAAACUCAAUGUAACAACUAGUGGGGUGAAUGUCUAUACACCUGAAUGGCCUCUAUCUGGUCAGACUCAGAUCACGUUGAUCCCCGAGGACGGCGCCCCGGUUGGCCCUAUCAUGAAUGCUGCCGAGAUGUUUCAGCUCCUUCCUCUUGGUGGGAGGACUAGUGACAAGGAUGUGACUGCAAUGACUGAUCUUGAUCGAAGCUUGAACAACCCACCCGGUGAUUGGAACGGAGAUCCUUGCUUACCUCGGAAAAAUUCAUGGAGUGGAGUUACAUGCAGUUCAAUUCUUAUAAGAAGAAUUACAGUAAUUUUCAUCCCGGAGACUUCACAUUUAGCGUAUUUUUAG